CCCUGCGCCCGGAGCUACCUGGGUAAAGCCCAAGAUGGCUGCGUGCGCGUAGUAGCCUGUGAGGCCAGCGGGGACGGUUCUUGUUUUCUCCUUGAAGGCCACGCCUGACUCUCCCUCCUGUGCUCGUGCGGUGGGCUGCUGUAGGGGAGAGACGAGAGCAAUGGCCGGGAGCCUCUCUUGGGUGGCAGGCAGGAGCCUGUGGGGCCAGGUGCCGCUGGCCUGCAGAAGCUUGUUUCUGGGUGUUCCUAGGUUGUUCCAUGUAAGGGUCACCCUCCCACCCCGUAAAGUGGUUGAUCGUUGGAACGAGAAGAGGGCCAUGUUCGGAGUAUAUGACAACAUCGGGAUCCUGGGAAACUUUGAAAAGCACCCCAAAGAACUGAUCAAAGGCCCCAUAUGGCUUCGAGGCUGGAAGGGGAAUGAAUUGCAGCGUUGUAUCCGAAAGAAGAGAAUGGUUGGAAAUCGGAUGUUCAUUGAUGACCUGCACAACCUUAACAAACGCAUCAGCUUUCUCUACAAACGCUUUAACCGACACGGAAAGUACCGGUAGAAGGGAAAGCUGGAACUGUGGAAGAGGCAUAUCUAUCACCCAAGAGAAAGGGACAGUACUUUUCCUUAUGAGGAUAGGGAUUUGUAUGUUCUCAGUAAUAAAAUGGGACUUCUUUGUA